CUUUGCGUUGCUUCCAUGUCGCGCGUUUGCUUGCUUGUGGCGAGUAAACAAGAAGCAACGAAGCAAAAGAUGAAGCAAGCAGCACAGUCCACCCACCAAACACGGAACACGAUGAGUGGUGGCUGCAUCACGUUGGACGCGUUUGUGGAGCAAGGGCAGGCGUUGGCUCGAGACGAUCCAGCCUACACGUGGCGCACCGUCAAGGAGCACCCACUGUUACAGCAUCCAUGCUGGCAAGUGCACCCGUGCAAGACCAAGGACGUCCUGGCACAAGUCUGCGCCUCCCCGCCAAACGCCACCGCUGAUGAUGAUGAUGAUGAUGACGACGGUGCUGACGCUGACGUGCUUGCAGGUGACGACCCGGGAGAGGAUGAUGCAGAAGCGACUCUUGCUGCCGACCACAGCACACAGCAACGCGAGCAGCCUUCGAGGCAGCAUUCAUACCUGGAGGCGUUCAUCUCAACCAUUGGCCGCUUGGUUGGCAUGCCUCAGCCGCAGCCGCAGCGCCACCGCCCACCCGCAUAGCAGCGCAUGUGUUGGUGUGUGCGCGCGCGCGUGUGUGUCUCGUGUAAUGGAUGUGUACAUAUCACGAUCACGACCAUACAACAACAACAACAACAACAACAGCGACGACGACGACGACGACGACCACCACCACCACCACCCUCAUCACUAUCAUCACUAUCAUCAAGCGAACACGAAAUAAACGAAGCUCCAUGUGGACACGGAUAACCCA